UUGAGUUAAAAUCAUAUUAUUGAUUUAAGGUAAAUACAUGAAACUUUGUGACAGUAUAAACCAGGAAAUGGAUCAUUUAGCGAAAACCUCGCUGCUGUUGAAACUGACUUCCAUCUUCUUCAUCUCGUCUGCCUCUGCAGACCCAACAAACAUCACAGCAGAACUUGGACAGAACAUCAUUCUGCCAUGUAGAGCUCCUGACAGCAGACCUGUUAUUGGUGUAGAGUGGGACAGAACUGAUCUGGGAGAAUAUGUUCUUCUCUACAGAAAUAACCAGUUUGAUCUAGAACACCAGCAUCCAUCCUUUAAGGACCGGGUGGAUCUGCAGAAGGAACAGAUUAUGGUUGGAGACGUGUCUCUGGUUCUGAAGAACGUCUCUACUGAUGACAGAGGAACAUAUGAGUGUCUAGUCUCCCAGUCGGGAACAAACAGGCAGAUCGCUCUCUACAUAAACCUGGAUGUAGUUCCUCCUCCAGGGGAGCCUGAUGACGGGAGCAAGGAUGGAUCUGAUGGAUGGAGGGUUCACCUGGUUGUUGGACUGGCAGCCUGUCUGCUGUUGGUAGCUGCCAUCUUUUUUGCUAUUGUUCUUUAUUUUAAACGUAAAAAGAAAUCAAAUUCAAACCAGCCUCCUGGAGCAGCAGCAGGAAAUCAGCAGAGUUUAAUGUCUCCGCCGGACUCAGCUGAGCAGUGAGUCCAGUUUGAUCUGCAGGUAAAGUGAAGUUCUGCA